AUGGUGAAACGGCAACCGAAGAAACGUAAACAUGAGCAAUGCAAAGAGAAUGUCUCACCACAGAAGAAAAGAAUGAACAGAGAGGAAGUUAAGUUAGUCGAAAAGGAUUGGAUGCCAGCUGCAGCAGUGGAAUUCUUUAAAAGUGAAAAGUUCGAGAGUCUUGAAAAGAUCAUGAAACUGGCAGACAAGAACAUGUCUUUCAUUGGACCGUUCCGGGUUUUGAGAGAAGGAGUAGAAGUCAAUGGAGUUGAAUUAAUCAUGACGGAUCGCGAUGAAACCGAUCUUCCCGAGAUGCAAACGUUCCUCAAAUGCUCCCACGGCAAAUUUUCAUUCUGGAGAGAUACACCGUCCGAGAAGAAUCCCGUCAUUGUAUUCUCAGAUAUCCAAGGUAUUCCUGUUGUCACAGUUGUCGGUAACACAGUGGAACAUGCUAUUUAUGGGUUCUGUAACAAAAUAUCGAAACUCCAAGACAACUCAAAAGAAGUCAAGUCAGCAAUAGCCGAAAUUCUCGGUUUAUUGGGAGCUCAAAAGAUGGAGAAGGAAGCGAAUCAAGUUAUGAAAAAAAGAAAGAAGGAGACAAUCACGGGAGUGCUUGGACCUGGUCUGCUCGUUGGAGAUUUCCCAAACACGAACAAAUCGCGGUACAGGGUCGUGUCAAAAGAGUCGAACAUAGAAAACCUAUUGCGCUGCUUGUCGAAUACUGGAAAACAGCAUCAAGACGCAGUGAUAGGAGAAAUCGAUGAACUGAUGAACAAUGUGAUGAUGUACAACGACGAAGGAUUUUACGGAAAUGGACUGGAACUUGGUCAUGUGCUUUUCCUUUCAAACCAGAGCAGCAUAUCCAAUCAGGUACUAUUGGUUCUCACAACGGCAUACAAUCUCUACGGGCGCACCGAUUUUGUCAACAUUUUGGAGUUAUCCAUGGAACUCCGCGAUCAUUGA